UCUUCCGCCUGCGCGAUGUUCAAGGUGUUGGAAGAAAAUCUUGGCCCCCACUCACCUCAACACCGAUAGAACCCAAGACACCUCCUUUACUACAAACAAGGGUGUUGCUUACCUGACACCCUUCAAAUAUUCGCUGGCGUUGCGGCCUGUGCCGUACCGCUUAUCCUCUUCGAGAUUCACAGCCUCACGGCAUGUCUCCCCGUCCCUCAAACUAGUGCACAGGCGAGGCGCUUGGUGACCGACUUGCUGCCUAAUUAUCCUCUUCGCCCGCCGUCUCUUUAAAUAGUAAGGAACGUUGAUGCUGCCGCCACCAUUUUAUCCAUUCUGUCGUUUGAUCAUCGCAUAUAUUAUCGAAUUUCCAUCGUACUUCCAAAUGGCGUAUACCAUGACUUCGGAGAAAGAGGCGAUUAUCCCGACGCUGGGCGUAACGGGAAAAUCCUUGCAACGUGCGCCUUCAACGUUGAUGGGGUUGUCUCAGGAGUUAAGGAGGGAAAUAUGCGAGCACCUGUCGAAACAAGACCUCGUCAAUGCUAGCCUGGUGAACAAGGCGAUGCAGGACGCUGCAAUUCGCCCACUCUACCGAAACAUUGCUCUCAGACUCGAAGACCACAAUACAAAAACAAUCAAUCGAAUUUCUGAUAUGUUGACACGGGAAAAUCCGGGUAUAGAGCAUAUACAGCAUGUGCGCAUCAAAAAUUGGUGCGAGUCGCCGAGAACUAGUUGCCAGCACUGGGCAGAUGUGUCCAUGGCAACGACAAAAUAUCUGAUCAAUGGCUUACCGAGAGAUCAACUGAAGAGUUUUAGUUGGGAUUCUAUCCACGAUUUGAAACCGGAUCUGUCGAUGUUAUUGCUGAAACGACAGCGGAAACUCGAACACGUUGAGCUAAUGCCGUUGACACACUCGCAAUUUACUUGCAUAAAGCACAAUUUUGAAACGGACGAGAACUUAACAAAAGCUGUGCAGAAUGCGAAGUCAUUACUAUUAAUGCCGAAUGCAGACUGUUGUCUUGAUGCUGCCGGGUUGCUGGUCCGAUCCGCGAAGAAGACCAAGAUAUUCAAGUUCAACGGUGACGAGCUAGACGAUAGUGUCAGGCGCAUCAGCACGAACGAAGAAGGCGAAGUGACAGAUCCUGUCUUUACCAAAGUCCUGAGCCACCUGAAACAACCCGGAGCCCAGCCGAUGCAGCUGACCUGUCUUUCCUUGUAUAAUGUUGAUCUAGAGCACUGCAAGACCAGCUACGCCACGGUCAUAAACUUUUCUACCCUCAAGAAAUUGCGACUACUCUACUGUUGGAGAUUGGAGCUCUUUCUAGAAUGCAUGAUGAGUCCAGAUCAUGAUUACGCGCCUCGCCUCGAACAAUUCAUGAUCCUCAACGUCCAAGAUGACCACGAGCACCAGCUCCCCUCUAUUUUGGACUCAUUUCUUGGGUACUUCAGAGGUUUGAAGGAUCUGCAACUCCAACUUGUCAAUCCUGGCGUGCUACCGGCGGUGCGAAACAUCACGCGGCAUGGCGAAACUCUAGAGAGGCUUUCAGUCAACGUACGGAAAGAACCGCGAUCUGUUACACCUGAGUUCACUUCAUAUUCGGCCCCACUAGAGCUGACUCAACUAUGCACAUCACUGCCAAACCUAACGCAGCUUGCUAUCAGCAUCGAAGAAUGGCCGGAAGCCGUGGAAACAUCACUCAGUCCGGAGGAAGGAUCAUUCGAACAAGACGUCGUGGCUCCUUUAUCCAAACUUCCUAAGCUGCGUCUACUGAACGUUCUUAACUGGCCGACACUCAACGAUGAAUACAUCUUCCCCGUCGCAGCUUAUGGCGCGCUCCUUGAUUCCCAAGCAACCUCCUUCUUCCGAAAGUUCAGUGAGUCGCAAGCAAGACAGCACAAAGACAAGUUAAAUACUUUGCGCGUCCUGGCUUUUGGUGAACACGAGGAUAAUGAAAAUAACAUCAGUGGAAUCAAGAGUGAGGACCAGGAGCCGACGAUGCCGCGGUUUGUAUACUGGAGGGACCAGGGGAGGAGUGAGUGGAGUGAGAGCCAGGAUACUGCGAGAGCGGUGCGUGUAAAAGAACAAAAUAUCUCACAGUUGGGUGUCGACACGGGAUUGUUGAAGAACAAUCUCAAGAUCAGGAGUAGCGGGGGGCCUGCUAGCGAUUUUUAAGAUGCGCAGAGGGGUUGGGAUGUGGGAUUGAGUUCCAUCUGAACAUCGGUCUUUGAUUUUUAUAGAUUUUUGAGGUAUCAAGGCUAUUGCAUAUUCUGUUCUAACGCAUUUGAGAAACGACAAUCUUCCCGAUUUUUCAAUGCUGUUACCCACUGAGAUGAUCACGUGACAUAAUCCCUAUUCCAAGCUUUUGGGCUGUGCACGCCUUCAAUUUUUGAUAAGACCCAAAUAUAACUUAAGCUGAUACCUGCGCAUUAUUUAAGGCUAUGGCAGUUGAUGUGAUCUAACAUGACACAAUUCGAGCUGAGAGGCGCUUAUUGGGGACAUCGCGUAACAUCCAUGGAUGCACUUAAGCGACUGGUGCUUCCCCUGUGAAUAUUGUAACUUCAUAUGGAGUAAAUAAUUGAUGGAGAAUCCAGGUCGCGCAGACC